UUAGUUAUCAAAAAUAUUAUAAAAAAGAAAUCCUUUUAACCUAUUAUUUAAAGAAACUUUAUUUCAAAUGAAUAUUUCUUUUUUAAAUUUUUGCUUUCUAAUUAAUGACAUAUUAUGUCAUCUUUGACUAAAACAGAAGAAAAACUCAAUAUUUAAAACCCUAAGACUUAGUCUGAUUAGUCUGAUGUUUUACCAGCUGUUGUUUGUUCUCCAUAGCUAAUCAUUAAUUUAAAAAAAAUUUAUAAAAUCAAAGUUAAAAAAAUAAAUACAUAAAUUACUAUAUAUUGUACAUAUUUUAAAAUACUAAUUAUAAAUGGUAAAUAUUUUUUCUAUUUUUAAUAAAUGCAUUAAAAUGUAUUAAAUAUGUCUGUUUAUUUUGUGUUUAUUUAUAGCUUAUUAAAAAAUUGAAAAAAAUAAAAUGAACAAGAUUUUAUGUACACUUGGUAUUUUAUCAAAUGAUCUAUGUCAUAAAAUGGUGUACACUAAAUCAAUUGGAUUGAAAGAUUUAUCAAGCUAUUCAGAGAAAGAUAGAAAUUUAUUAUUAUGGAGAUCUGGACUAUCAAUAUUAAAUGUUAAUGUUAAAAUCUGUUUACAUCAUGAACAAAUUUUACUUAACCGGUUUGCUAACUCCCAAAAAAAUUGCAUUGACCCAUUUAAAAAGCAUAAAACUAAUAUAAAGGGUGGUUUGCGAGAAAUUGAUAUUCAACUGGCAAAAGAUAUGUGUUCAAUUGGUAUUAAAACAACACCUGGUUUUAAAAUGUGUCCUUCAUGUCGAAAAGAAGUGGUAAAAAAAAAUAGAUAAUUGGUCUACCUUACAGGAUCACAAUGGUGAAGAUGAUUUUCUGGAACAAACAUUUUUUGAUGAAAAUAUAGAAAUGGCACAAGAAAAAGAACUUAUAAACACCAGUUUUGAUAAAUUAGAUGUUUCGCCAGUAAAAUUUCAUGGGGUUCCACAACAUGUUAAAAUUUCUCUAGGAAAAAGAAAGUUAAUCCAAGCUACUGAUGUUAUGUCACAAAUCCUCAAUGUUAACGCAACAGACCUGAAAAAUGAUGUUACUGGGGAGCCCAAUGUUGAAAAUCAGAAGACAGCUGAAGAUCUAGAUAAAUUGAUACUUUCAAUGCAAGAAAAGCUAAAAACAGCAAAUAGAAUAGAAAAGAUUCAGAUUUUAACAUUGGUUCCAGAUUCAUGGUCUUUAAGGAAAGCAGCUGAAGUAUUUAAUAUAUCAAAAUCAACCAUAACUAAAGCAAGAAAACUUAAAUUUGAAAAAGGAAUAUUAACACUUCCAGAAAAAACUAACAUUGUUAGAAUUGAAUCAGAUAUCAUUAAUAAGGUGGAAAGCUUCUAUUGUAAUGAUCAGUUUAGUAGGCAGUUACCAGGUAUAAAAGAUUUUGUAAGUGUAUCCAAAAAUAAACAUGUAUCAAAGCGAUUACUUCUUUGCAAUUUAAAGGAAUUAUUUAUUGAAUUCAAACUAGAACACCCUCAAUCCAAAAUAGGAUUUUCUAAAUUUGCUCAGUUAAAGCCAAAAUGGUGUAUUUAUGCUGAUCGAAAAGGAACCCAUGCUGUUUGUAUAUGCGCAAAACACCAAAACCUAAAGCUUAUGCUUAGCGCAGUUAAACUGGAGGAGAAUUACCAUGAACUUAUUGAGAAGAUUGUUUGUAGCAGAAAGUCAAGGGAAUGCAUGGUCCAUAGAUGUAAUCAAUGCCCUGGAAUUCAAAAUAUUAUAAAUUAUAUGACUGCAAAUCUAUUGCAAAAUGAAGGAUCAUUUGAAGAGAAUGACAAAGUGGAUGAAGAUGAAACAAUUGAAUACAAACAAUGGAGUACAACAGAUAGAGCAGAGCUCCUAAGUAACACAUGUACAAUAAGUGAAUUCAUUGAAAGUCUUAGUGGAAAACUUGAUAGCAUAACAUCUCACUCUAUAUUGCUAAAGCACAAAGUAAAUAUUUAAAUACAUUAAAGUCAUCCAUACCCAAAAAUGAAAUUAUUAUUUUCGUUGAUUUUGCAGAAAACUUUAGAUUAAUCAUUCAAGACGAAAUCCAAAAACCACUGGAACCAACAGCAAUGCACACUACAUCCUGUAGUUAUUUAUAACAAAAAUGAUGAGGGUUCUACUAAAAGUCAACCAAUGUCUUUAUGUUUUAUAUCUGAUGACUUAACACACGAUGUUGGAUUUAUUUAUUGUAUAGUAAAAAGAACUGUCCAAUUUGUACAAAAAAUGUUUCCCAAUACCAUAAAAAUCCACUAUUUCUCUGAUGGUUGUGCUGGUCAGUACAAAAAUUGCAAACGUUUUUUAAAUUUAUGUCAUCAUGUUGAAGAUUUUGGGAUGCAAUGUGAAUAGAAUUUCUUUGCAACAUCACAUGGAACGUCACCAUGUGAUGGCAUUGGUGGAACAGUUAAAAGACUUGUUUCAAAUGCUAGUCUUCAACGUCCAAUUGACUUACAAAUUCAGAGUGCUGAAGAAAUGUUUAAUUUUUCAAAAGAUAAUAUAUUUGGCAUCCACUUCUUUUUUUUAAAAGGCGAAAAUAUUUUAUCAGUCCGUAAAUCUCUGACUCUCUGAUUGAAUAAUGCAAAGACUUUACCUAGUACAAGAAGUUUCCACCAAUUUAUUCAACAGGAUGCAACAAGCAUAAAUGUCAAAAGAGUCUCUGAACAGGAGGAGUUUAAUCUAACAUUCAACCUUACUGGCUCAAUUCAAUACCUUCAAGAAAUCAUUGUAGGAAAAUAUUAUAUCUGCAAAUAUGAUAUGUUUAACUGGGUUGGUUUGGUAUUUGAAGUUGGCGAAAGAAAUGAAGAUGCUCUUGUAAAAUUCAUGCAUCCUCAUUUACCUAACACUUCAUUACACUGGCCAAAUAGAGAUGAUUGUUGUUGGGUUCCAAAGCCCCAUAUUUUAAUUAUGAUAAAAAAAACCAUCAUUUUCAAGAUCAGGGCGCAUAUACCAGAUAGACACUGAUGAUUUGCAUAAAAUUCAAUUUUUAAAUUAACUCAAUCAUAUUACACCAGUUUUCUUAUAUAAGCAAUUUAUGAAUUAUUUAGAUGCAAGUUCUGGUUUUUUAUUGACUAAUUUUUUAUUUAAAGCUUGUAUUUGUUUGAUUAUUUUGACUUAAUAUAUUACAUCUAUUA